AUGACCCUGACAAUAAAAACAAAACAAGAAAUAUGUCAGCGAAAAAAUGAAACCCUAUCCCUUACUAUUGAUGAACUUUCCUCAGAAUAUAAUUGUGAUCGAAGUACAAUUUCAAAGAUUUUGA